UAUAUUGUCUCUUUAGCAUUUCUUAUGCAACCAUUUGGUCAACAUGGCCAUAAAACAUCUUAAAUUUUUUUAUUAAAUAUUAAAUUAUUCCAUUUAUUCAUUCAUUUACACUAGUAGAAGAAAGAAGGUGCAGCAAACGACCUCCAUAGUUGCCAAGAAAGAAUCAAACAUCUGACCUUAAUAACUAUAUAUAUUUAAACAACCAAAACCCCCCUUUUUGUAUCUCUUUCUCUGUCAUUAUAUUUGGAUCUCAUCUAAAUAUUCAGUCUUGAAUCUAUACGUAUACAUAUAUUUAUAUACAUAUAUGUUCCUUUGCCAUUAGACCCAUCUCAAGAUUCAUAGAACAUUCUUCAAGAUUCUUUUUCUUGAAUUUUUUUUUUGUGGGUUUCAAAUCUUGCCUUGUGAUCAAAGUGAUUCUCCAGUUAAGAUUGAUUACGAGGUUUGAAUAAGAGCUACUGACUUUUCUAGCUCAUCCAAAGUGAUAUUUUAAAGGUUAAUGUUUAUCGAGUAGAAGCUACAAUGGCAAGGAAAAAUUUUAGUUGUAAAUCAUCAUUGUUUCUUAUUCUUUUGGCUGUUGGUUCAUUCUUCGCAACAUAUAAUUUAGUAACAAUGGUAGUUCGCUAUAAAGAAGUGAAUUAUGGAGGGUUAUCUAGUGAUCCUAUUGUUGAGAUGCCUGAUAAUAUGAGAAGACCAAUGGGUACCAAGGCGUUAUUCCAUGUUGCAUUAACAGCUACGGAUGCUCCUUAUAGCAAAUGGCAGUGCCGUAUUAUGUAUUAUUGGUAUAAGAAAACGAAAGCUAUGCCUGGAUCAGAGAUGGGAAAGUUCACAAGGAUUUUGCAUUCGGGAGAAUCAGAUAAUCUGAUGGAUGAGAUUCCAACUUUUGUGGUUGACCCCCUUCCAUCAGGAUUAGAUCGAGGGUACAUAGUUUUAAACAGACCUUGGGCGUUUGUGCAAUGGCUGGAGAGGGCUACUAUCGAAGAGGAAUACAUAUUGAUGGCUGAGCCUGACCACAUAUUUGUUAAUCCACUACCUAAUUUGGCUCGUGGAGAUUUUCCCGCCGGAUACCCCUUUUUUUACAUUAAGCCUGAAGAAAAUGAAAAAAUAAUCAGGAAGUAUUAUCCAAAGGAAUAUGGGCCAGUAACCAAUGUCGACCCAAUUGGUAAUUCUCCUGUUAUCAUACGAAAGGAUAUACUUGAAAAAAUUGCUCCUACGUGGAUGAAUGUUUCCUUAAGAAUGAAGGAUGAUCCCGAGACUGAUAAAACAUUUGGAUGGGUAUUAGAAAUGUAUGCAUAUGCUGUUGCCUCUGCUUUGCAUGGUGUCCAGCACAUUCUUCGAAAAGAUUUUAUGCUCCAGCCCCCAUGGGACUUGGAAACUGGCAAAAGGUUUAUCAUUCAUUAUACUUACGGAUGUGACUACAAUAAGAAGGGUGAGCUAACAUAUGGAAAGAUUGGAGAAUGGCGAUUUGACAAGAGAUCACAUCUACGGGGACCUCCACCAAGAAAUCUGUCUCUGCCUCCACCUGGGGUUCCUGAAAGUGUGGUGACUCUUGUAAAGAUGGUGAAUGAAGCUACUGCUAACAUUCCCAAUUGGGAUACCGAAUAAUAAAUCGACGAAAACAAAAAGCUCACCUAUAGAGGAAAAACAACCUAGAGUGACAUAUACAAAAGAAUCCAUGAACGAAAAUAGUGUCUAAAGUGAAAGAAACACCUUGAGAGCAUUUUCCAAGGAGCUAACACAAAAACCAGCAUAUCCCCUUUUGUUCUUAGAAGUCCCUGUGAAUGCAAGCAGAUAACUUUUUUUUUUUUGGUUGGUGAUCGAUCUUAUAUGUCAUAACUUAUACUACGUCCUCUUAAGAACUAAAUACAUUUGGCUUUGUCUUAUCAAGUAGAUUAAGCUUUUGUUCCAUUUAUAUAGUACUUUUAUGA